AACAAAAGGAACCUGUUGUGCACAGAAGGCAGUGGAAUGAAGGUACGCCGCGAAUACGAAUGCCAUAAUGAACACCAAAACAAAUUAUGAAUAUGCUUCUAAUUCAUAUAACGAAGGUGUGGGAAAUGAUAGCCCAGCUGCAUUAUUAGAUAUGCUUGCAGAAGUUGCAUCUCAAACAUUACAUUCAGAAAAAAAACGUAGUAAAUCAUUAGUAUCAUCUCAAUGCAAGUCAAAACCAGAUUACAUAAAAAGAAAAAAUCAUGAAUUAUCUUUUAAUGUGCCACAGCUUUUAUCUAUGCCUGCAUCACAAUUAGUUAAACAAUUUUCUAUUUUCACAAGUGAUGAAUUGAAAAGACAAUAUUCAUAUACAUGUGCUCUUGUCGUUGGAUGUGGACAAAAAUAUACUAGUUUUGCAAGUGAAGGUAGAGCAAGAAUGUCUAUUAAAGCACAUUUAGCAGAACAUUUAGAAUAUUUAAAAACUAAUAAAGAAGCUUAUAAAAACUUUACUGCAAGAUCAGUAAGUUAUAAAAAUUACAAAACAAAUCCCCAAAACAAGAAAAGCAGAUUACAACAAUCACGAAAACCACAAGAAACAUUAAAUAAGGAGAAUAAAAAUAUUAUUACAGAAAAAUCAACUAAUUAUUUAAGAAAUAUUCUAUUAAAUGAUUCUACUUUUAAAGAAUUAGAUAAAAAUAAAAAUGUUGAAAAAAUGGAAAAUUCUAAAAGAAUAAAUAAUCCUGAACAAAAAGAUACAGAAAAAAUAGAUUUUAAAGUUUUUGGAGAUCAUAGUUAUUUUGAACGUUUAAAAGAUGAAAUUCCUAACAAGAAAGAAACAUCACUUUUUAAUAAUUCUCUUGAAAAUACAACAGAUGAAAAUAUUGUAUUUAUGAUUGUUGGUACUGAUAAUGUUCAUAUGAAAGAAUAUCCAUGUAUUAAUAAAAGAUUUUCAGAAAAAAUUAAUCAAAAAUCUGAAACUAUCUAUUUACCAGAAAUAUCAUGGUCAUCUGAAAAUGAUAACAAAGGCACAGAGAUUAUAACUAGUAAACCUAAAGGAAAAGCAAAAUUUAUAGGUACUAGUAAAGAAGAAAGAGAAAUGGCAUUAGCUUUUAUGGAUCGUAUCAAAAAAAAAGGAAAUCCAACUGGAAAUAAUCUCGAAUGUCGGAUUUGUAAUCCUCCUCGAAGUUUUACAGCACCUACAACUUUAGUAUCUCAUUAUCGUAGUCAUGCUGGAAUAAAGCCAUAUGAAUGUCGUAUCUGUAGAGCAGUUUUUACAAGAAGACAUAGCUUAAAAUAUCACAUGUUAAUUCAUCAAAAUCAAACGCGAUUUACAUGCGCAGAUUGUGGAAAGAAAUUUAGACACCCAUCGCAUUUUAGAGAACACCGACGUAGACAUACUGGAGAAGCACCAUUUGGAUGUGAUGAUUGUGGACAACGAUUUAAAACAAGAAAUACUUACAAACGUCAUUUGAAAACUAGACAUGGAAAAGUUUUAACAACAACCGGAGAAUUGUUAUAUCUUUCAGAAGAAGAUUUUCAAAAAGUUCGGACUAAUAGAAAAAAAAAAAAUACAAAUAAAGAUCAAAUAAUAAAUGAGGAUAUAAUUGCAACAAAAAUCAUGCAUUGUCAAAAUAAUAAUAAUCAACUGCAAGAUAUUGCAAAUGAAGAAUAUAGUAUAAAUAAUGAUACUACUAUUAGCAAUAAGAAUUGGAAAUCGAGUGAUACAAUACAAAUUAUUAAAAAUUGUUUUGAAACUUAUGAGGUUUGUUCAGAACCUCAUUUAAAUAAGACUGAAUCUAUAGAGACUGAAUUAUCUAUAAAAGAUAGAGUUUUUAAUAAAGAUGAAAAUGAUUUACCAGAUGAAUAUACAAAUAAAGUACAAGAUAAAUUAUCACAAAUGCAAAGUACUUCUUAUAUUAAAUUAGAGAUAAUUAAAGAUGGAAGCAAUCAAAUUAUAUAUCAUGAUAAUGUUGAAUCAGAUCAACCUGAAAUAAUUUAUCACAAUAUAGAUGAAACACCAUCAUAUAUUAAAUUAGAAUAUAGCAAUUUAGUUAAUGAUAUACAAAAUGAGAACAGUUUAGAAUUUCAAAAAAAAUUUAAAUUUUCAGAACAUCAAAUUAAAAAUCCCAUACAUAUAAUUAAUGAAAAUUAUUUUAAUAAUGAAUCUAACUUUGCAAGUGAACAACAAAUGAAAUUAAUACAAGUAAAUACACAUAUUAAAACAAAAAACAAAGAUAGCAAUAAACACAUAGUUCUUACUCAAGAAGAUAUAAAAUAUGAGAAAGAAAAUGAUGAUAAUAUGACUCUUAAAUCUUUUCCUGAAAUGGAAAACCAUGAGAGUAUUGUAUCGGAAAACUUCAUAAAUUUAAAUAAUUUGCAAGAAAUUAAUCAAGUUACUGAUAAUACGAUAUCAAUAUUUACAGAUACUUUAAUAAAACAAAAUGGAGAUUGUUUAUUACAAGAAAAUAAAAAAUUAAAUAACUAUCAAGCAAUUAUAUCAAAUUUAAUAAAGAAUCGAAUGAUUACAUCUUCAAAUUAUUCUUUUGAAAAAGAUAAAAAGUUUUUUAACCAAGCUGAACAUUUAUAUAUUCAUAAUGAACCCUUAACUAGUAUAAUAGUUCAAAAUAAAUGCAUAAAUAUAUUUCCACAAAUUCAAUCAAAAAUACAAUUAAAUAAAAGUAAAAAAUUUACAUUUUUAAAUAAACAUAUGCAAGGUAUUAAUGUAAAGGAAAAUGAAAAUCAAAAUACAAUUUUAUUAUUAGCUAAUAAUGCAUUACAAAAUAAUAUUUUUAAAAUUGAUCAAAAUAACACUGCCGAUAAUGAAAUUAAAAAACAAAUAUUUGAUGAAAGUAAGUAA